UCUGUAGUGGGUGUUAAAUCUAUAGACAUGUACUGUAGUAAAUGAUAAGGACAAAGUUGUUGCCAGUUCGUAGCUGAAAAUAGUUAUAAUGUAGCACCUUUUAAGUGUCCAGAGGAUGUUGGUAGAGACAGUACAGUGAUGCCUUUUAAGGGGAUGAUUUAAUGAAGAAUCACUUCAGGGACUUACAUAUGGUACACACAUAUGGCCAGUCAUGACAAUGAUCUAAGAAAAAUCAGGACUUGUUCCAUUUCAUUAAUUAUUUAAGUUGCACAUCAUCAUAUAUACAUAUAAAAUAUAUCACUUUGAUAUUUUAGAGAUUUUUGCUCACAAUGUGUCAGUCUGAGGAGAGUGUGUAGAGAAACAACCUUGUGCAGAGGGAAGUAAAGGGAGGAGGAGGAGUCGCUGUGGAGAGAAGAGAGCAGAAGAACAAGACAAAAACAGGGUAAAGUUUAUCCUGUGGAGGGAGAGACUGUCUGUCUCAAACAUCAAAUCAGGAUGUUUGUUGUCAUCCUGGUGACCCUGCUGUUCUCUGUGAGAGGCAGCAAUGCUGACACAGGUGCAGAUUGGAGAAGACCAUUCUGUGACAGAGGAUACUGUAUCACUCUCAGUGAAGGAGAAAUAACAGCAGAGGCCGGACUCUGUGUUGUGAUACCGUGUCUUUUCACCACUGGAAAUGACUUUAUACCCCAACAUAUAGUUUGGUACAAAUGUGAACCAUCAAAACAAAGAUGUGGUGAUUCAGACAUUAUAUUCCACACUAACAAGAACAACAAAAAAGUUCAGUCUGGGUUCAAAGGACGAGUGUCACUGUUGGAGCCUGAUGUGACUCAGGGGAACUGCAGCAUCAUCGUCAAUGACCUCACUGAGUCCGACUCUGGAUCAUAUCAACUCAGAGUAAAUGGGAGGUCGGGUGGCUUUGGUUUUCUUCACAGAGCAACUGUCUCUGUUAAAGGUCUGACCCAGAGGCCCACAGUGAUGAUUCCUCCUCUGACAGAGGGACAGCAGACCACACUGACCUGCACUACUCCUGGUCUCUGCUCUGGAUCUGACCCUGAAAUCACCUGGAUGUGGAGAGGAGCAGGAGAGGCGGACUCUCACACCACAGGAAACAUCACUGCUUUCAAGACUGAGGAUCUGACUGCUGUCACUCAGAGACACAGCUCAACUUUGACCUUUAACCCUUCAGCUAAACACCACGGCACCGAUGUCACCUGUAAGGUCAGCUUCACAAACAACAUCACAACAGAGGAGACAGUGACUCUGAACGUGACCUAUGUGAAGGAAGUUAAAAUCACUGGGAAUACAAGUGUGAAGGAGGGUGAGGCUCUGAGUCUGAUCUGCAGUGUUGAAAGUUUCCCUCCAGCUCUCAUUACAUGGACUAAAUAUUCUGAUGAAAUGCAAAAUAAAACAGAAACUAUUCUGCAGAACAACACUGUUACUGACCUGCAGAACAACACUGUUACUGACCUGCAGAACAACACUGUUACUGACCUGCAGAACGACACUGUUACUGACCUGCAGAACGACACUGUUACUGACCUGCAGAACAACACUGAGACCUUCCUGGAAAAAAGUGGAAUGGACACCUUUUCCAUCCUUAACGUGACAACAGCAGAUGCUGGACUGUACAUCUGCACAGCAAAACAUCAGAACAACACCCUGAUGGGAAAAGUUAAUGUCACAGUGAUAUAUAUGAGGAAACUUGUAAUCACUGGAGACACAACUGUUGAGAAAGGAGAUGCUUUAAAUCUGACCUGCAGUGUUGAAAGUUUUCCUCCGUCUCAUGUCACAUGGACUGUACGUGGUUCCAACACAAACCUGCAGAGUGGACCUGAUAGUGACUUACAGAAGGACACUGGAUCAGCCACACUCUUCAUCCCUGAUGUGACAGCAGAACAUUCUGGACAGUACAUCUGUACAGCACAACACCUGGACACAACUGUUACUACAUAUGCUGAUAUCACUGUGACUUGGUUUUCAAAGAUCUUGGAAACCUCUGGAUGUGUGGUUCAGUCAGAGGUCCUGACUUGUGUGUGCAUCAGUGAGGGGUUUCCUUUGCCCACCAUCAAAUGGCCGCUGUUGAAGAAUCGCACUGAGUACUCUGUCGUUACCACUGUGUCAAACCACAUGGUCAACAGCACCGCCACUGUGACUGUAAAAGACCACAGCACUUCUGUUGAGUGUGUCAGCAGCAACACAAAUGGGGAAGCAAAAGAAAACCUCACCAUUCGAAAUGACAUCUCAGAUCAAGAUGGUCAAACCAGUGAAGUACUGAAAAUUGUCUCACGGCCUGAAGUCAUCAUUGCCUUUGUGAUUGGGGUAGUUCUUUCAGCAGUCCUUUGCUGUUUGGCAAACAAAUGUCACAGAAAAAAACAGAAGAGCUCUGGAAAUCUGGAGGUGGUGACCGGUCAAGAGUAUCCACUGAUAGAUGCUGGUCAAACAGUGGAAGAUGAUCAGACCUACUACCAAGAGGCAGCUGAAGAAGGGGGAGCUGUGGCAGCAGAGAAAGCAACGUCUGAUCUCAAUGGUGGACCAAAAGAUGUGGAGUACGCCAGCAUUGAUUUCUCAGUGAUGAAAAGGAGGAGUCCCAGGGAGGCAGCAAAGAAGCAGGAGACCACGGAGACAGAGUAUGCUGAAAUUAAGAAAACAGUGAAAAAGGAAACUGAAGAGAAUGGUAAAGAGGAAGGUGAAGUUUUGGAGGGCAAAGAGGAGCAGGCGAUGAUCGAGGAGGAUGAGGAGACAAAACAGUAUGUUCCUGAAGAGGAGGAAGGGGAGGAAAUGGCAGUGUACUCCAGUGUAAAGGAUGUAAUGGAUGAGAUGUGAGGACUGUUGCAUUGUGGAGUUGCUUGAGGAUAACGUUUCCUUGCUCUUAUCAGAUGUAAUGGACUGAUGAUGGAUUGUUAUUCUGGUGAAUGUAAAUGGGUUUCACCACAAGGCUGUGAUCCUCAAACGCCAAUUUCAGCAUGUCGUAACCUUAAGUGGUGAAGACACUUCACACCUCUAUGUUAGGAGCUGUGCAAAUCCAUUCAUUCCACCAAGACUGGACUGGAAGUUUGACUGAAUUUCCUUAUAUGUCAUUGACCCCUCUCUAAGCCCCGCCACUUUGUGAUGGUCUGUCAAGCUGUCAGAGUGAGCAUGGAGCCCACACUGUAACUAACUGCACUCCCUGAAGAAAUAUUAUCAUAUUUUUGGAAAAAUGAAAGAGUGAUUCCAGAGAGAAGCAGACAGAGGGGUCUACAGUCUGUGUUUGAAGGAUAUAUCCAGGAUGUCAAACUGACUCAGCAGCAACAACAGGUUAAAAAGACAAAGAUAGUUAGAAGCUAAAGCCAAACUAUAGGCUACAGAUCACAGUGUAAAAGUGAACCACCACAUCACUGCUGAUCGCCACAGAAGACAAUGAAUAUAAAGGGAAACUUUUCUGAUAUUGAACCAGCUGUGUGGCAUCGCAGUGUGUGCAGAUGAAUGGUGUUUGGCUGUGUUUCUUAUGUGCUUGUCCUGUACAGCAGGGUUGGUCUUUUCUCACUGUUAUAAUCAUUAAAAAGCAAAAGCAGCAUGUGUACAUUCAGUGGGCUGUAUCUUCAGUAGCUAGCUAGCUAACCCUACACUUUUCAGGGUCUGAUUUUGGUUUUGGAACAGGGAAGAAACGUUUAUCUUUUUCCAACCUCUCCAGGUAACGAGUGUCAUUAAUACACGACGUGCCCCAGGCACAACAUUUAGCUCUAAAUCCACAAAACCAGCCUGAAAAUGAAGGAAAUCUCAAAUGACUGCAUUAGAGUCAAUGGAGCACAGCUGUGUUGUUGUCAGACCCUGGUCUGAGCCGGCCAGAUGCUAUGUUAUGAUUAGCCAGUCUGUGUCUGGGGGAGAGACUUUGCAAAGGGUCAGUUGUGUUUUAGUUUUUAUAAACUUAUCAGAGAAGUUUCCCUCCAUCCAUGAAAAAGUUAACACCACCAUUAUGGCAGCAGUUUGUAAAGGGGCAACCAUCUCCAUCCUCUCUGCUCUGAGAGCCAAAGUGAAAUUUGUUUGAUACCUUUUAUUUAACUAAGAUGAACACAUGCCUUAAGUGUCAGCCCACAUUUCUCUGCAAAAAUUAACCCUCACUUUGAAGAGGUUACUCUUUUUCAGAAUUCCUUCAGGGAUGGCAAAGUUGUUUUUGUGUGUCGGUCAGUUUGUUGGACCACUUUGGUUUAAACUGAAAUAUCUCAGCAAUUAUUCAGUGGUUUCCCAUUAAAUUUUGUACACUCAUGGUCCCCAGAAGAGUCCCAGUCUUCUUCUCUGGUGCAGUAGCAGCAAUGGAGGAGUCACACACAGAGAACAAAAAGAUUCAGACUAAUGUCUAAAUUUUUAAAUGGUUUUAUUCAAAUAUUAGGGCUAUGCAGAUGACGGAACAAUGUUCAAAAGUGCAUAAAGCUCACAGUGCAAAGGUUUCAUUCCAUUUUGAACUGUCAUUAGUGCCGCAGUUUUUGGCACUAAGGAAACUCCAACAUGGACUGCAAUGUUUGCACUCUAAGCACUUUUGCACAUUUGUACAGCCCUAAUGUGCUUUGACCCAGACUGAAUCUUUGUUCUUUGUGCGAGUUCUCCAUUGUUGCACUCUCCAGAGGAUAUAUCCCAAUGAACAGACCUUUAUUUCCCCCUUAGGGUAAACUUAUCUUGUAUUUAAUGCUGAUUAGCAAAUGUUAGCAUGCUAAUGUGCUAAAUUAACAUGGUGAACAUGUUAGCAUGCGGUUUUAGCAUUUAGAUCAAAACAGCUCAGCUGUCACUGAACCUAACAGCUUCAGUUUCAUACUGUAGCUGCGAGUGUGGCUGUAGUCUUUGUCUUGUUUCAUUUUUAGUAAGUGUCUAUAGACGGUAACCCAAAUGUAAGACUGUUAGCUUAUCUCUGUGCAGUACUCACAUGGACAUACAUGUAUUGAGAAAGUUAGAUCCCUUCCUUAAGCAAGUCUGAUUUCAGAGAUCUAAACCUACAGUUCAAUCUGCAUUACAGAGAUCAACCAAAGUUGCUGCAAUGAGGCUUUAGUGAGACACAUAAUGUGGAUGUCUUCUAAAGUUACUGUUUUUGGUACAAAGUUCUGUCAUUGUGUUUUCAACUAAAGCUGCACAUCUUCAGCUGAACUUUGAGAUGCAUUUUCCCCCCAGAAAUUAGGACUGUAGACAGUGGAACUGCAUUAGGAUGGGUCCUGUUUAGGGCCACUAUGGACAGUAUUAAUUGCAAAAAUUUGGAUGUACAUAUAGACAUCUAAGAGUUCUUUCAAGACUUACUUGAAAAAGACAAAAAAAAAACAAAACAAAACAAAACAAAACAAAAAAAACCGGACAUUCUCACUGUAAACUUGUUUAAAUGUAUGCAUUUUAUUUAAAAUAUGAAGAAUUUGUAAAUACAAAUCAGUAAGCUGUCUUUUAUUAUUGUUAUUAUUUUCAAUAUUUGGCUUUUUUUUAAUCUG